AUGCUAAAUUCUCCAGCACCCAUGCUUUUUGGCGUGAACUGCCCGAGCUGCCCCAAUUGGAGCUCCAUGCAAAAAAAAAGUCAUCCACUGUCACAAUCGCAUUCUCCAACCCAAGAAUUGCAAUUGCAUCACCAUCCAUUCACUGAGACACAUAUAUCCAGUCGCAUCACUAUGAUAGUCCCAACGAAAAAGGACCACCAGUCCAUAGCAGCCGACCUCCUCAACCGCGCCUUCGAGCCAGAAGAAGCAACCAAGAUCCUGACCGAGAAAGUCAUCCAGCGACCCCUCUUCCUCUGCCCGACCUCCCCCCCUCCGGCCGAUGCCCGUCGCGCCCGACAUCUCGCGGCGAAAAGAGCGAAAGAACAGCGCCGAGCAAAGGCACUCAAACCCAAGCCCGUCUCAGCCACCCAGCGAAAAAAGCAAGGCCUCUACCAAAUCCCAAAAGAAGGACAGAAAUACGCCCUCUUCGAACCGCUACAUAACCUAUGGCUAGGCUACAUUCGAGAAAUCCUCGGAAGCGAAGUCUACACCGGAGGAGAAGCCGCCGCUGCUAAGCUCGCCAGCGCUGACUUCCACGGCGCCGGGGUCGAGGUGGUGAGAAGUGGGUGCGUCAGUCGGGUUGGCAUCAAGGGGAUUGUGGUCAAAGACGGGAAGUUUGCGUUUGAGAUGAUAACGGUGAAGAACAAGAUCAAGGUGGUGCCGAAGGAGGGGACGAUUUUUCGAGUCGAGGUGCCGGUGCCGGUGAUUAUCAAGACGGGAGAAGAAGAGAAAAAGGAGUCGAGAAUGGUGUUUGAGCUUCAUGGGGAUCAGUUCCAGUUUCGAUCAGCGGAUAGGGCGACGAGGAAGUUUAGGGCGCACUUUUCAAAGACGCUUUAG